UGUGUUCCGGUGUCUUUGGCAGCCUGAAUCCAGCUGUUUGCCUCUGGGAUUCUGGUGUCCGAGUGGAGUCGGCAUCUAGGUUUCGUAAGGGUACAUACAGAACGAGCCAUCUCUGUCUUCUCUACCCUGGGAGCAGCUCUCCUGCCUUGGCUUCUCACCCCUGAAAAUGUAUGAUUGCUCCAAGUUCAUCUCCACCUCUCCGCUGCUGAGUGUCCCCUGUCUGCAGUGGAGUUGAAUCAACCACAGACAUGGACAGAUAUGACGGCCUCAGCAGCUUGGCAGCCCCUUGUCCUCCGACCACACUCAUCCCUAGCGGCAGCUUCCAAACCAGUGUAAUUUCCAGGGACAUCGACACAGUCACCAAGUUCAUUGGGGCUGGGGCUGCUACAAUUGGAGUGGCUGGCUCUGCAGCUGGGAUUAGGACUGUUUUUGGGAGCCUCAACAUUGGUUAUGCCAGGAACUCUUCUCUGAAGCAACAACUCAUCUCCUACGAGAUUCUGGGCUUUGCCCUCUCAGAGGCCAUGGGGCUCUUUUGCCUAAUGGUGGCUUUUCUCAUCCUCUUCGCCACGUGAAGCAGCUGUCUCCACUUUCAUUUCCCAUAGUUCUUUCGUGUCCUGUCUGCCCUGUAUGUUCCUUUUCCUGUAUCUCCCCAGGAAGUCUGGGGAAAGUGCUUGGCUCAGGGUUUGACUGAGAGAAGACAAAUAAAUACUGUAAUAAGAAAAAAAAACUUAACGAAACUGCUUCCAUGCUGAAACAUGGAAUUUGGAUUAACCUAGAUCUGUGUUCCUGAGCCAUGGUCACUCAAGAUGGCUCCAGAAUAAAUUAUAUUAUAUGACAGAUGGGUGCCAUCA